AUGAAAGAAGUUUCGGGAGGUUGCACCUCAAAAUACGUCGGAGAAUACUGCCAAUACCCGAAUCCGUGCCACCCGUCGCAAGGCCCCCGUUGUCAAAAUGGCGGCUCGUGUCAGGUCCGCGUGUCACCGGGUGAAGCGCCGAGCUUCACUUGUCAGUGUCCGCUCGGGUUUAGUGCUUCGCUGUGCGAGAUCAGAAUAGCGAAUUCAUGCGAUCAGAAACCGUGUUUGAACGGGGGCACGUGUUCUCUGCGGUCCUUGGAGUCGUACCAGUGCGCCUGCGCCCCUGGGUAUACAGGUGAACAUUGCGAAAAACAGGACCACUGUUCGUCGCAACCCUGUCGUAAUGGCGCAGAAUGCACUUCGGUCGGUGAUUCCUACAAGUGCACAUGUGCUCCCGGUUUUACGGGGGCUUCAUGUCGCGAGGAUAAGGACGAAUGCAAGCACAUGCCAUGUCGACACGGAAAAUGCCAUAACACCCAUGGAAGCUACACGUAA